AUGCAUGAAUUUUCCGGGCGUACUCACCGCGUGACGCCGUCGAAAGAGCGUCACGAACUCUCGUUGCUCCACAUAAAUCUCCCAAAAGCCGCAAGUGCUAGUGCUAAAGCUAGACUACUACCAUUACUACCAGCAGAAAAGAACGCCCCGCGAAUACUCACAUGGGGAUUCGAUCCGGGAUCUCCAGCACAUCCGUAUACCAUUCAGACAGGAGAGCUUUUAAGAGAUACGACAGUCGAUAUUUUGAAAAGUCCAAAUAUUAAGACUGCAGUGGCAAUUCUCAAUUGUCUAUUUGCACGACAAUUGUGUUUCGAAGACCCGUCUUGCAGUGCCAUUCUAGAAAUUAUCCCUCGAGUCUGCGGCCCCGAACUCGUGGCGUGCUCAACAGUGACUGUGACUAAGUGCCAGGCAGCACUGAAAACUUUGCAAGCAUUUUCCUUUUUUCGGCCGACGUGUCUCUGCAAGGAGCCCCAUGUCGACCCUGAAUGCAACAGUUUUCAAAAUUUUCUUUUCGAUCAUCCAUGUAUAUAUGUUCUCAAAAAAGAUAAGGAUCCAUAUCCAAUAGACGCACUAUUAACUUGCAAUCAUGCUUUAAGUGUUUGUCAACGUGCUAAACCAUGUUUCAAACUUUAUGAGGAUUUUAAAGCCAGUUGUAAGAUACGAGAAAAUAAAUGCAAAAUGGAGAGUCGAGAAGCUUGUCACGAUGCCUGGACACAAUUGCGGUUGUCGCCGAUGUUCGGGUGCAUUUGUCCGGGAAAUCAAAUAAAAAAACGCUGCGAUAAAAUAUUUUCCGCAGUUAAUCAUAAUCCAUGUGUUGUGAAAAUCAUCUCCCAUCCCGACAACACGACGAGCUUUGAAAUCAUCGAGUCGCAACUGGAAAACCCACUGAUUGACGCCGAUCAUCAGGAUCUUCAUGCCUUAAAGCAGCUGGCUCUGCCGGGAUUCAGGCAUCGACCUCAUCAUAGAAGAAAUCAUUCAACUGAUGAUGAUGAUUCGGCGAUUGAUAUCGAGAAGAUUCAUCAGCCUGUCAAACUGAUACUGUCGAGUACGUGUCAUCAAGCUUAUUCAAUGUGUCGAAAUGAUUCAGAAUGCAGAGGAUUAUUUCAGCCAAUACUGAAUCACUGCGAUGCUUCAAGCUGUGCUCGUAAUGAGUGUAUGAAUGCAUUGCAGAACUUCUACAAAAAAGCUAAUGAUAGUCACUCGAUGGAGAUCGCUUUUUGUCUCUGCAAAAAAACUCAAGACAAAGAUGACGAGUGUAUCGUGGCCCAAGAAAAGAUGCAUCCAGUCUGUGCGCAAGGUCACGAUCUCUCCGAGCUUCCAACCUGUCACAGCUUAGCAUUAGCGUGCCGUGAGGAUAACCUAUGCAGAAAUAAAUUGGAACACUAUGAGCAGAGUUGUGCAGUGGAUAGCGUGACGAAAAAAUGCGCGGGUCCGCCUGCUGACUGCAGAAGAGCAAUGCUGGGUAUUCUUGGCACGGAACUGAGAUCCAAUUGUGCUUGUAAGGGCACUGACCUUACGCAGUUGUAUGAUUGUUUGGGAUGGCAGAGAUUACUUUGGGUUAAUCCUUGUGUUGUCGAAUCACAAAAAGAUUUCCAUGCCCGUAAAAAACAUCGCCAUCAUUCCAAUACGCGCCCAACUACAACGUUAAUGUCGACCGAUACCUGGGGUACAUCAGCAACAUUUUUAGCAAUCACACCAUUAAUUACCGACAGUGUUGAUGAGGAUAAUGUUAUACCAGAGGUCACUAAAAAAUCAACGACUCAGCCAACGAUGAAUGACGUCGAUAUAUUUAGUGUUAGCAGCAGUAUUAUUUUAAGCACACCCAGUACAACAAGUACUACUAUUGUAAUUACAACUCCUUCAACAACAACUACAAGCACACCACCACCACGUUUUUGUGUGUUUCAAAGACCGAGGCAAAAUCAUCAGUACAUACGCGAGGGCAAAGGAAAAAGACUCUAUCGUGACAACGAGCCAGAAUGCUCGGAUCUGUGCCAGUGUGGAGAGGGUGUAACGCUUGUCUGCAACACGAUUUGUGUCCAACCAUCACCCUGUAAGACACCCUUUGCUUUUUACAAUCAUGCAGCCCCAGCUUACCAAGCUUUCCGAGGUCGAUGUCUGUGUUACAGCGGUCGUUUUAUAUGUAUGCGACCUUCUCCCGAAACUUACAAUAUUCCUCAUGGAGUCUUCAUGUUUCUUGGAUACAGUGAAACAGACGAGGAUUUCAUGAAAACUUACAACAAUUUAACUGUGCUGGACGCGGUUAACUCACUUGACAGCUUUAUGCGUGAGGAAGCUAACAAUAAGACUAUGUGUACCCUCUUUUUAUACAACGUCACACAAGAGAAUGUAAUAGCAGUGGCGCGACUCGGUGGAAAUAAUCCACCGCCUAAUAGCAGUCAAGCCCAGAGCUUACAGCACCUGCUGCGCAUCAAGGAGGAAUGCGGUGCAAUGCUCCAAGACUUAAGUGAUAAAAUAAACAACAAACACCAAGAGGUUCACACUCAUCCCCUUCUAUCCAUCUUCAAAAUGGCCGAAGUUGAGGUGAAAUUGCCUGAAGGCAACGGAGCAACAACAAUUGUAAUAAAAAUGUCUCCAUUUAAAUUAAUAUUUAUUUUACUUACGACAACACUCAUACAGUGUAUCUUAUUAACAACUUUUAAUCACAAUCACCUCAAUAAUGGCUUCACUUCGUGACAGAGAACGUAGUAGACUCCAUUAUAAAUGUUCUAUUGAACAAACGCAACAGGAGGUCCAUAUGAUCUCAAGUUAUUCUACGAAUCUGUACAACAAAGUAAAGCUUGAGGAGCAAUUUAUAGUAAAAAUGUAUAAAGUUCAUUUUUAUUUGUUAAGUAUGUUUGGUAAUUAUCGUACGAAUGGGGGGUGAAAUAAAUCAUCGUUAUG